UUUCGCCGUUCGUUUCUCUCUUCUCUCAAACCCUCAUCUUCUCACUGUCAGCGAGUGCCCGCGGCCAGAGGCCGGCGAUGCGUCGGAGCUACUAACCAGCUCUGUCAGCGGCGUUUCCGAAAGGCCAGAGAAGAAAACCCAUCGGUAGAGGAGACAUCCAUGUUGUCCAUUUACGGCAAGUAGAUUCACGGUGUCACGUACAGAUUUAUCUGUUCAACAUGAGAGCUGUGAUCAGUGGAUAAGCUUAUGUCCAUUUCUUUAAAGAUAAAUUCGCCUGGAAUGCUACAUUGACAAUGGCAUGGAGUUAUUGCUUACAGCAACAUAUCGGUUCAAUUUUGCUGUCCUCUCAUAAGCUAGCAACACUUUUCCCUGUAGUCCAAAGGACCUUGUGUUACAGAAAGAUUAAUGAACAACAUUCUUACAGAUGCUUUCUCUCGGCUAAUCGUUCAAGAAAGGCUUAUUCUACACUCAUCAGUGACCCUACAACUUUGGAUGAUAGUUGUUCAAGUGCUAGCCAAGGUGACAAGGACACAUCACUUGAUAAAUCAAUGACUGGCAGACCAAUGAAUUCCUGUAUAUCUCAAAUUGUUGAUGGCAAUGUAGAGAAUUGUUCCAGGCAGCGUUUAAUGCUUCUUGAUGGUACUGCAAUCAUGUACAGGGCAUAUUAUAGGGUUUUGGCAAGGUUGCACCACGGUCAUCUAGAGCAUGCUGAUGGAAAUGGAGACUGGGUUUUGACAAUCUUUUCAGCUCUGUCCUCUAUUAUUGCAAUUUUGGAGCUCACACCUUCACAUGUAGCGGUUAUAUUUGACCAUGAUGGGUCGUCAUUUCAUAAAACAAGUGCUGUGACAUCCCAAGAAAAUAGGUUUGCAAAAGGUCUAACAUUUCGUCACACUCUUUUUGCUCCAUAUAAGAGCAACCGCAUCCCCACACCUGACACUAUUGUUCAAGGGCUUCAGUAUUUAAAAGCAUCGAUAAGAGCUAUGUCUAUCAAUGUAUUUAAUGUGAGAAUCAUCCGACAUGUUAUGAUCCUUGAAGGUGUUGAAGCUGAUGAUGUGAUUGGUACAUUGGCUGUCAACAGUGUCGCUGCAGGGUUUAAGGUGCGAAUCGUUUCUCCCGACAAAGACUUUUUCCAGAUUUUGUCCCCAUCCCUGCGUCUUCUACGGAUGGCUCCAAGAGGUUCCGAAGUGGUAUCAUUCGGAUUGGAAGACUUCACUAAAAGGUUUGGUGCUCUUAAACCUCAUCAAAUUGUUGAUGUUAUGGGGCUUGCUGGUGACAAAGCAGAUAAUAUUCCAGGUGUUCAUGGUAUUGGAAUUUCAAGUGCUGCCAAGCUGAUCAUUAAAUUUGGCACCUUGGAGAACUUACUGCAACAUGUUGAUGAGCUGGAGGAUGAACGACUGAGAAAGGCCAUCAGAUCUAAUGCUGCUCAAGCUUUAUUAAGCAAGAACCUGGCAACAUUGCGCUCAGACCUUCCACAUUAUAUUGUGCCUUUUGAUGUGAAGACUUUCGAAUUCAAGAAACCUGAGGAUGAGGGAGAGAAGUUCAUGAAUUUGUUAAGAGCAAUUAGUGCAUAUGCAAACGGUUCAUCUGCUGAGUAUAUUAUCAAAAGAGCACGAACCCUGUGGGACAGAAUAUAGGAACAAUUCCUCCUGCUCCAUAGUGGAGGCAUUCACAUCAUAGAGGGAUUCUGAGUGGUAGCCAGAGAUGUAUCAAUUUUGGUGUAUGAAGCUGCUGGGCACAAUUUGUGGAGCAGAGUAUAAGCAGAUUAACGUAUCCAUCAUCGUAAUUUACCAACAUAGCCAGAUAAAUGGUGAAAAUGUGUACUCAUUUACUGAUUAUAGAGGAAUUCCGACUGAUAGCCAGAGACGCAAUCAAUUUUGGUGGAUGAAGCUGCUGGUGACAAAUUUAUGGUACAGAGUGUCUAUGGCUUUAAACUAUAAGCUGAUUAAUGUGCCCAUUACUGUAAUUGCCAACCAGGUCAAUAGUGGAAAUGUAUUUUCAUUUACUCAGGUAAGUGCAAUUACCAAUAUUUUGCUAUCAUUGCAAUUCCAAUGUUUCGGGCUCUGUUCA